CGAACUGCAACCACAAUAACGUUCGGCACUUGUUUUUGGUAAAUGCAAUAUUAUAGCUGAUUUGGGGACGUUAUGGACCAGGAUUCAGCCCCAGCGAGUCCUAGGACCCGGGAGGAUAAUGCCUCCACAUCCACCCAACGUUCCCGAAGAAGAGAAACACCGAAAUCAGGAAAUCUGAGAUUUCCGGCAGACGAAUUGGCCAAUAUGUAUAAUGCCGACCGUCAGGAUGGUCAACACACCCUGCAAGUGCACAGACAAAAUCGGGUAUUACCUGCCACCAGUGAAUUCGUCUGCUUAGAGGAUCUCCUGUCUACCCAAUCCGAUCCUACGCCCGAGGAGGAGAUCGUCCAAGUGAUACUGAGAGAUUUCUGCUCAUCUCCUACGUUCGUGGAGGAGGAGGACGUUCCCAACUGCGAAUCCCCGCCAUGGUUUAGAUUUCGCAAGAAAAGGAUCAAAACAUAUUGUAGGAAAAGGGUUCUCCAGAAGGAGGACAUACAUGUAGUCAUAGAAAACGAAGAGGAGGAUCGGCUUAGCUGCUCUUCAGAUCUUUCCGUGCAGGAGGAUCUUAAUAAUACAUCUUUAACGGCCGCAGUUUGCAACUUGGAUGCCGAUACAUCGCAGAAGAUACGGGAGAACCUGCAAAAUCUAAGUCAAUUCUUUUCUCUAAGUAGCACCAGCUCGACCCCCAAUAACGCCCACAAACCUGCUGUCCAAUCAAGAAUAGAUCUUCCUCUUAAGUCACGGCGAGAUUCUGAAAAACCUUCAUGUUCCCGGGAACACAAAAACAAUCUUUCACAUAAGGAUUCAACUGCGGAAUGUACCUAUACUGAAAUAAUGAACCUUAAAAACGAACUCCUGGAGAACGGCUUCACUCUUGAAGCCUCUCAAAUCUGUGAUAUUAAGCCGGAAGUUCCAGGAUUGGCUGAUACUCUAUUUGGCGAUGGUAGAACAACUACCGCAAUCAUACACUCUCAAACUGAUAUAAAAGUUUGUGAUAAUUGGUCUGAUGCAGAUUCCUUUAUGGAAAACUACAACACUGAAAAUAUGUCUUUAGAUGAAAAGGAUUCUGAACAAAACACAACUUUGAAAAAUCAAGUUAAAAUGGAAGAAAACACUGACACCCUUAUAUUAGAUGACAUCCCAAUCAGCGAGUGGCAAACUGCAAUGGAAAUCCCCGAAGAAUCAAUUAAAGAAACCAAAGAACCACCCCAAAAAAUAGUAAAAUUAGAGCCAAGCCCCGCUGAAAGCAUUACUUCCCAACACACUUGCGAUAUGCAGUUCCUACAAGAAUUCCACCUUGACGAAUGGCAACCAAUGGAGAUUCCAGAAUUUGUUGGAUUUCGUACAGCGUCGAAGAAAUCAAUUGAGGUUUCCAAAGAAAUGCAAGAGCGUGCUGCCAAAUUGCUGGCUGAUUUUAAAGAGGAGCAAACACAUCAACCCGAAUAUGAACAAGAAAGCAUCGACCCAAAAGUGUCAGAAGAGUUUGUGGGUUUUCGAACAGCCUCAAACAAACCGAUUGAGAUCACUGAAGAAAUGGAAAGUAAAGGAGCGAUGUUCUUGGCUCAGUUUAAAACUGCAGACCAAUUAACUCAAUCGAACGAUGACGUAUUUCUACAGGACAUCGCUUUAAGUCAAUGGCAACCAAAGGAUAUUUCAGAUGAUGUUCCCUCAACCUCGAAAAAACUAACUGCAGUGCCUGAACAUACCAAGAGCAUCGAUCCGAAAGUGUCAGAAGAGUUUGUGGGUUUUCGAACAGCCUCAAACAAGCCGAUUGAGUUCACUGAAGAAAUGGAAAGUAAGGGAGCGAUUUUCUUGGCUCAGUUUAAAACUGUAGACCAAUUAAGUCAAUCAAACGAUGAGGUAUUUCUACAGGGAACCGCUUUAAGUCAAUGGCAGCCAAUGGAUAUUUCAGAUAAUUUUCCAUCAACCUCGAAAAAACUAACUGCAGUGCCUGAGCAUAUCAACACAGAAAAAGUCGAUUCAAUAAAUGCCGUUGACGCAGAAAAAAUACAGCAAUCAAAGCAUAUAAAUGAGGUGGAGCUUCCUGAAAUAAGGACCCCUAACAAAAGUCAGUCGAACAUUCCUCAACUGGUUGGCUUUCGUAAAACGCCUUACAAAUUUUUAGAAGUGGCUGAGGAAAUGAAAAUUAAAGGCGAUAAGUUAAUCGCUGAAGUUGAAUCCGGAUUAUAUCAACCUAGUCAGAAACGUAAUCCCCGGACUCAAGAACUUCCAGGUAAUCAUGGCCAACUUUCCGGUGAAACAGAGUUUGUGGGAUUCAGAACGGCCUCAAAUAAGGCAAUAGUAAUAUCAGAGGAGAUGAAAAGGAAAGCUGCUAAGUUAAUAGCUGAAGUCGAAUCUGAUCAACAAACCCUAGCUGUAGAAAAUGAAACCAUAAAUAAAUCCAAUUUUGAAGGCUUUCGCACUGCCUCAAAUAAACCAAUUGUGGUGUCUGAUGAGAUGAAAAAGAAAGCGGCCCAAUUUAUGUUUGAAUUUCACUCUGGAGAAUCAACUCUGCAAAACGGUUUUGUAGGAAAUAAAACUGAUGAUAUAAGUUUUGUUGGCACAGCCUCAAAUAAAUCAUUUAUGGUAUCCAAGGAGAUAAAAGUCGAAUCAGAAGAAACAGGCCAAAGCGCGCAUAGAAAAUUGCAAACCGAAAACAAUCCAGAAUUCUUUGGGUUCCGAACAGCGUCUAACAAGCGUAUAGAAAUAUCUGAGGAAAUGAAACUUAGAGCAGCCAAAUUAAUGGCUGAUGUAGAAGCAGCGAUUCCAUUAAAAAUUCCUGAGAAUCAACCAUCAAAUAUUAAUAAUACUCCAAAAGAUAGUGAUUCUGAUGUAUCUGGGGAAGAGUUCCACGGCUUUCCGUUAGAAGAUGUCCUUCUUUUUGCGAUGGAUGAUGACUUAUCCAACGACUCCGUUUUUCCCAGGCAAUCUCAGAGAACACAAAACUCAUGUGUGGUUACACCCAAGCUCAGAAGAGACACCUCCGAUGGCAUUCCCUCGAGUGAGAGGCGCCGCAGCGAAAGAAACUCACUCCCACAACAUAAUCAUCCCCAAAGCGGCCUGAAAUUGCAAAAGACGAUCUCGUGCCAUAGUGCACUUGGGACGCCCACCCAAUCGCAGGAGUUAAACACCUUGGCAUCACAACCGAUAGGACAACCGCAACUGGACAAGAGCACCAAGACUUCCGUGAUAGCUCGCCGCAAUCUGUCACUUACCAGGAAUCUGUCACUCACCAAAAGAAGGAAGCGGAGCAGUACGCCAACUGGAACUUCUGCGGGGAACGCUAUCACUCCGGUGAAACCCCGAUUUGCUCCCAUGCCAGCUUCCACUAGUACUCCGCUUGCAGAUAGAAACACGAAUCUGGCCAAGGAGUCUACCAAAAUUAUACCAAAUGCAGAGGAAAUGUCACCGAUUUGCAUGCCACCCAAUAAAUCUCGACGUCUUGGAUUGAGUCGAAGUCGCUAUUAGUUUAUUUUCUAAGAAAUAUAAAUCGCCGGUAGGUUUAUAUUUCGUAAAUUUUUUUUCGUUGUGUAAGUUUAAAAAAACCAUU